AUGUGGAGUGCUUUUCGCGUUGCAGCCGGAUUGCUAAUUUUUUUCUGCCUAGAUGUCAAAUCGGUACCACAAACGGACUACUGUAAACUAAAAAACUGCCCAGCCGACAAAAAACUUCCACAUAUUGGUUGCAACAAUAUUGGGAAUUGGUCGUCACAGUGUGGAAGGGAACCAAAGAUGAUUUCCGUGCCAGAGAAAUUCAUAUUGAACUAUCACAACACAUAUCGGGAUAUUGUAGCCGGAAGCAAAUUCCACAGGUUACCCAACGCAGCGCGCAUGCUCAAACUGAAGUGGGAUCGCGACCUGGCGCACUUGGCUGAGCUCCUUGUGAAACGCUGCGAUCUGAAACCCACAACACACUGCAUUUCCACGGAAGAAUUUUCCUCACCGGGACACCAUGUAAUUUACAACAAGUUCAAGGCGAACGUGAGUUCAUUCAGGAUAAUUAGAUCACAGCUGAAUGCGUGGUACGAUCAGUAUAAGCACGUCUCUGCACCGAGUUUAUUAGAUGGAUUGUCCAGUGAUAAAAAAGAAAUUGGACACUUUCUGAGGAUGAUGGUGGGCCCAAGCAACCGAAUGGGCUGUGCCAUCGCCAGAGCCGAAAAGGAUGGAUGGAUUCACCAAUGGCUAUCCUGCCUCUACAGCUGUUCACCCAAGAAGCACUCCCUACUCUACGAGUACUCCGCCAACCCCGCAAUGUUUUGCAGCACCGGGGUUGAUGGAAGGUUCCAACAUCUUUGCAAUGAAACUGAACUUGUGGAAGAUUGCAAACAAUCCGAGUUAUUCAAGGCAGUCAUUACCAGCGAUACUGCAUCGAUUAUCCGGGGCCUGAUGAGCAAACAAAUCCAUUCCAGAAGUUCUGCUUUGUGUGGUGUCUGUAAUCUGUGUUGCGACUGGUGGGAUUGGGCGGCAAAUUCCUGGAAACUGGCAAAGGGCACUUGGAAUACAAUUAUCGGCGGUAGUGGUAGACAUAACGUGACUACGCCCGCACCCACAGUAGCUGCGCCAGUAGUACCGGCACCAGCACCAGGAGUACGUGUGUCAGGAAUAUGGGCAGCAGGAGUAUGGUCAUCAGGAAACCCGGCUCCAGGAUACCUGCACCAGGUGUACCGGCUCCUGCUGUACCUGCACCAGCUGUACCUGCUCCGGCUGUACCUGCACCGGCUGUACCUGCACCGGCUGUACCUGCACCAGCUGUACCUGCGCCGGCUGUACCUGCACCAGCUGUACCCGCACCAGCUGUACCGGCGCCCGCUGUACCUGCACCAGCUGUACCUACAACGGCAAAACCUAAAGGUUGAAUAA